AUGGGCGCCGCCGUGGCGGGGUGGACGGUGGCGGCGGUGCUGCUGCAGGUCGCGGGCCUCUCCCUCUUCCUCUACGGCUUCUUCCCCGUCAAGCCCACGCUCCCGGGCUUCAGUGGCGCGGAGAGCUACCGGGCGCCGUCGUGCGGCCCCGUCGUCGGCGGGGAGGGGCCGGCGCUUCCUCCGGAUCAGCUCAGAUCGCUCUACAGGGAACUUUCGGAGGUCCCCCAUGUGUAUGAUCGCUUGGUAUUGAUGGUGAUAGAUGGGCUACCUGCUGAAUUUGUACUGGGGAGAGGUGGAAAACCUCCAGCCAAAGAAAUGAUGGAGUCAAUGCCAUACACACAGUCUCUGUUAGCUGGUUGCAGAGCAGUGGGUUAUCAUGCAAAGGCUGCACCUCCAACCGUUACAAUGCCCCGGCUAAAAGCAAUGGUGUCAGGGGCAAUUGGAGGUUUUCUAGAUGUAGCACUUAACUUCAAUACUCAAGCUUUCUUGGAUGACAAUCUUCUUGAUCAGCUUCAUACGAUUGGUUAUAAGUUAGUGAUGUUGGGAGAUGAAACAUGGAUCAAAUUGUUCCCAACACUGUUCUACAGACAAGAUGGAGUGAGCAGUUUUUAUGUUAAAGAUACGGUUGAGGUUGAUUUCAAUGUUUCUCGCCAUCUGGAAUCUGAACUUGCUGCAAAAGACUGGGAUGCACUGAUUCUUCACUAUUUAGGUUUAGAUCAUGUUGGCCAUAUAGGCGGCCGCCAGAGCAAUUUGAUGACCCCAAAGCUGAAGGAGAUGGAUGAUGUUAUUAGAAGGAUCCAUGCUGCAUUUAAGAGCAGUCAGGAUAGUUCACACAGAACACUUUUGGUUGUGGUCAGUGAUCAUGGAAUGACUGAAGUUGGUAAUCAUGGAGGAUCUUCUUAUGAAGAAACUGACUCCCUUGCCCUUUUUAUAGGACACAGUGUUGAGAGCUCAUAUUGUUCACCUUAUGAACAGAAAGAAGCACUUCAAGUUGACCUUGCCCCAACUCUAGCUCUUCUCUUUGGCAUACCGAUUCCCAAAAACAAUAUAGGUGUCUUGCUUCUGGAGCUUUUUAAUUCUUUGACAGAUGACCAAAAACUACGCACCCUAGAACUGAACUCGUGGCAAAUCUUAAGAUUGUUAGAAGAACAGAGACCUGCUUUCUGCUCUGAAGAUUGUGUUGAUUCAAAGGAUGACUUUGGAGUUGAUAUGCUUCCUGGAUCUAUUGAGGAAAAGUUGUGUCGUUUGCUUUCUAAGGCUUUUGCUUCUCAUCGAUCCUCACUUCUUCAUCGAGAUUCUGAUUUCAGGUCCGUUGAAGCAGCUGGGCUCUUUGGGACUGCUGUGGACUCCUACUCUGGCUUCUUAAGACAUGCGAGUGAGUGGUUAUCUCACAGAGCGACCGAUAAACCACUCUAUUUGCUUGUCUCUGCAAUCUCCUUGAUGAUUAUUUCAUGUUUUUCUCUUGCCGGAAUUAUCUCUUGCAUAUUUAAGGGGAAGUCACAAAUUAAAGCUGAACACCAUUCUGAGUUGGAUUUGGAUAAACAUUGGCACCUUGAUGAGGUUUUCAUUCUAAUGGGGAUUUUGAUCUAUGUUGCCAGCCUUGGUUCAAGCUCUUUUGUUGAAGAAGAGCAGUAUAUAUGGCAUUUUCUCACUUCUACUCUAUAUUUAAUAUUUCUCAUGAAGACAGUCCAAUCAAUGUUGAAAGAAACAAACUCAACAGUAGUCCAUAGAUCGGAAGCAAAUAUGUUUCGCAGAAAUAGCUCCUCUUAUCUUGCCAGCUAUAAGCUAACCCCAGGACAGCAAGAUGGAUGCAAGUUAUAUACUGUCCUUAUUGUUCUUGUUGCUGGGAGAAUUCUAAGAGCCUGGUAUCAAGGUGGGAUUAACUGGGUUCACUUUCCUGACAUUUCAAAGAUAUUGACCCAGUCUGACUCUUCUAUUGUAAAGUCUCUGCAAAGUAUCUCAGUUCUUGCAGUUGUGGUAUUAUAUUCAGUUUCACUCAUGUUACUGAGAACAAGGAGAAUUCUUAUUAUAGGGCUAUGGUUGAGUCACCUUUCGUGUGGGCUUUUAGUUAUGCUUCAUAUCUGGAAAAGUCAGGUUGAUACUUCGACACCAAUCAACCAUAGCACAACAUCAAUAGCUCAGAUAUUCUAUGUCAUCGCAAGUAUUUCAGUAACUUGCACUUUUCUUUUAUCGCCAUGGAUAUUUCCAACACAUUCUAAAGAAGCAGAACCAACAUCCUCCUCCGGCUCCAAUCCUGAAAAGGCGCAUGGCCUCAAUCAUUCAGUGUUCUUGACUGGAGUAACAUAUACAAUGUUCUGGUGCCUCCUUCAAUUGCUUCUGCAACAACCCAUAAAUGCAAUUCCUGUUUUGCUUAUUCUCUUGCAAAUAAUCUCGAGCGUGAUUUAUUUUUCUCUGGAGAAAUCAUUGCAUAGGCAAUGGGUGCAGGUUGUCGCAAUGCAAUUCUUGGGAAUGACCGGCCACUUUGGUCUUGGGAACACGAAUAGCCUCGCCAGCAUCGAUGUUGCUGGAGCUUUCAUUGGCAUCUCAAGCUACUCCACGGUCCUUUCUGGGGUGCUGAUGUUCAUCAUUACAUAUGGGUCACCUCUGCUGUUAUACCUCGGGAUGGUGGUUCACAUGUCGGUGAAAGAUAGUACUGAUAUCUCCACUCCACAGAAAUGGAGCAGCAUCCUGAACAGAAUGAUCGCACUGCCCUGUUUGCUCGCUUUGCUCAUCAAUUCUAUUGCCCUGACUUCAUACACCAUCGUUCUGCUGCUCAUGAGGAACCACUUGUUUGUCUGGAGUGUGUUCUCGCCAAAGUACCUCUACGUCUGCGCGGCGACGGUGUGCACAUAUGCUGGAGUGCUGAUUAUAGCCAUGACCGGGGCGUACACCUGCGCCGUGUUCUCGUUCAGGACGAGGAACUACAGAGACAAAUCCGUGGAUCAGAUCGACGGCUAG